AUGGGUAUCCAAGGUCUUCUUCCUCAGUUAAAGCCCAUACAGAAUCCAGUAUCACUACGUAGGUAUGAAGGAGAAGUGUUAGCCAUUGAUGGCUAUGCAUGGCUACAUAGAGCAGCCUGCUCUUGUGCUUAUGAACUUGCAAUGGGAAAACCAACUGAUAAGUACCUGCAGUUUUUCAUAAAAAGAUUUAGUUUAUUGAAAACCUUUAAAGUUGAACCGUAUUUGGUCUUCGAUGGUGAUGCCAUUCCAGUUAAAAAGUCUACUGAAUCUAAAAGAAGGGAUAAGAGAAAAGAAAACAAAGCCAUAGCUGAAAGACUGUGGGCCUGUGGCGAAAAGAAAAAUGCUAUGGACUAUUUUCAAAAAUGUGUCGACAUAACGCCUGAAAUGGCAAAAUGUAUCAUAUGCUACUGUAAGCUAAACGGUAUUCGGUACAUAGUGGCUCCGUUUGAGGCUGACUCUCAAAUGGUAUAUUUAGAACAGAAAAACAUUGUGCAAGGAAUAAUAUCCGAAGAUUCUGACCUCCUCGUCUUCGGAUGUCGACGUCUCAUUACGAAGCUGAAUGAUUAUGGAGAAUGUUUAGAAAUAUGUCGCGAUAAUUUUAUUAAACUGCCUAAAAAGUUUCCGUUGGGAUCCUUAACUAAUGAAGAAAUCAUAACAAUGGUUUGUUUAUCCGGUUGUGACUAUACAAAUGGAAUUCCCAAGGUUGGCCUGAUUACCGCAAUGAAAUUAGUUAGAAGAUUCAAUACUAUUGAAAGGAUAAUUCUGAGUAUACAGCGGGAGGGAAAACUGAUGAUACCAGACACAUACAUUAAUGAAUAUGAAGCUGCAGUUUUAGCAUUUCAAUUCCAAAGGGUAUUUUGCCCUAUUCGGAAGAAAAUAGUGAGCUUGAAUGAAAUUCCGCUGUACUUGAAAGAUACCGAAAGUAAAAGAAAAAGACUCUACGCGUGCAUUGGUUUUGUCAUACACAGAGAAACUCAGAAAAAGCAAAUUGUUCAUUUCGACGACGAUAUAGAUCACCACUUGCAUUUAAAAAUUGCUCAAGGUGACUUGAAUCCAUAUGAUUUUCACCAACCUCUAGCCAACAGAGAGCACAAAUUACAGCUGGCAUCCAAGUCAAAUAUAGAGUUCGGGAAAACUAAUACUACUAAUUCUGAAGCCAAAGUCAAACCAAUAGAAUCGUUCUUCCAAAAAAUGACAAAAUUGGAUCAUAACCCAAAAGUUGCAAAUAACAUCCAUAGUCUAAGACAAGCGGAAGACAAACUGACAAUGGCAAUUAAGCGUAGGAAAUUAAGUAAUGCCAAUGUAGUCCAAGAAACGUUGAAGGAUACAAGAAGCAAAUUUUUUAAUAAACCCUCCAUGACUGUUGUGGAAAACUUCAAAGAAAAAGGCGACAGCAUACAGGAUUUUAAAGAGGACACAAACUCACAAUCUUUGGAAGAGCCUGUUUCCGAGUCUCAACUAUCUACACAAAUACCUAGUUCUUUUAUUACAACCAAUUUAGAGGAUGACGACAACCUGAGUGAAGAGGUUUCUGAAGUUGUCAGUGACAUUGAAGAGGACCGAAAGAAUUCUGAAGGAAAGACUAUCGGUAACGAAAUCUAUAAUACAGAUGAUGACGGUGAUGGCGAUACUAGCGAGGAUUAUAGCGAAACUGCGGAAUCAAGAGUUCCCACGAGCAGCACCACCUCAUUUCCCGGGUCAUCCCAGAGGAGUAUAUCGGGGUGCACAAAAGUUUUACAAAAGUUUAGAUAUUCAUCUUCAUUCAGCGGAGUUAAUGCAAAUAGACAACCACUAUUUCCUCGGCACGUUAAUCAAAAAAGUAGAGGAAUGGUAUACGUCAAUCAAAAUAGAGAUGAUGAUUGCGACGAUAACGAUGGUAAAAAUCAAAUCACGCAAAGGCCAUCACUGCGAAAAAGCCUUAUUGGUGCCAGGUCACAGAGAAUUGUGAUUGACAUGAAAAGCGUAGAUGAACGAAAAUCAUUCAAUUCAUCACCAAUUUUGCAUGAGGAAAGUAAGAAAAGGGACAUCGAAACUACUAAGUCAAGCCAAGCUCGGCCGGCAGUCAGAUCUAUCUCCUUGCUUUCCCAAUUUGUUUAUAAAGGUAAAUAA